GCACUAGUUUCCCGGGCAAGUUCGGAGCGGGUGGCCGGGUAGGCGAGCCCUCUUCGGGUUCCUCCUUCUCUUCCUUCGUGUCCCUGCGGCCUCUCAGGCCCUCGGGACACUCUAGGAGGCCGAUCUGCAGGGUGGGCACGCCCUAAAUCCACGCCGAGUCACCCACGCAUUCCUUCUGCCACCCUGUCUUGGAUCCGAAGGGGCGAAAGGGAAUCUCUGCGCAUCACUCCCCACCCCCUAUCCACCUCGGGACCUGGAGGGAGGGGCAGCCCCACCCACCCGGUCCACCCGGAUAUGGACCCGCCCGGCCUCACAGGCUCACAUGCACACUCCCUCUCUCGGUCUUCCGCACACGAUCCUGCGCCAGACGCUCCUACACAGUAACCUGGAAAUUAUCACCGGCGGAGCAAAGUCACAGCGCAGGGAGGGCCUCCGCGUUGUCUGGCGGAGGAGGGGAGUGGCAGGUGAUCCUCACAGUCACUCUAGGAAAGCCAGCUGCCAUGACAUAAGGAUACUCAGGCCACCAAUGGACAGCCCAGGCAGGAGGCAUGAAGGUGUGCCAGCCACUGUGUCAGUCACCUUAUAAGCAGAUUUUCUGAGACCUGCUAACAGCCAUGUGAGUGACCUUGGAAGUGGGUUGUCACCAGUCAAGCCUUGAGAUGACUGCAGCCAUGACCCACAGCUUGACUACAACCCAUGAGAGACACUGAGCCAGGAACACCCAGCUGAAGUGCCUCCAAACCCCGACCCACAGCGACUGUGAGAUAAUCAGUGUUUGUUGCCUUAAGCCACGCAGUUUGUGAUAAUUUGUUUCUCGGCAACAGAUAACUAAUACAGAGCAGGAAGCAGAUCACCUCAGUGAAGGUCACACUGCAGCGCUAUUGAUUUCUAAAGACUCAUGUUACAUGAGGAAGCAGCUCAGAAGAGGAAAGAAAAGGAGCCAGGCAUGGCUCUUCCUCAGGGACACUUGACUUUUAGGGAUGUGGCUAUAGAAUUCUCUUUGGAGGAGUGGAAAUGCCUGGACCCUGCGCAGAGGGCUUUAUACAGGGCCGUGAUGUUGGAGAACUACAGGAACCUGCAUUCUGUGGAUAUCUCUUCCAAAUGCAUGAUGAAGAAGUUCUCGUCAACAGGGCAAGGCAAUACAGAAGUGGACACAGGGACAUUAGAAAGACAUGAAAGUCAUCACAUUGGAGAUUUUUGCUUCCAGAAAAUUGGGAAAGAUAUUCAUGCCUUUGAGUUUCAAUGGCAAGAAGAUGAAAGAAAUAGCCAUGAAGCAACCAUGACAAAAAUCAAAAAGUUGACCGGCAGCACAGACAGAUAUGAUCGAAGGCAUCCUGGAAACAAGCCUAUUAAAGAUCAGCUUGGAUUAAGCUUUCAUUCGCAUCUUCCUGAACUCCACAUAUUUCAGACCAAAGGGAAAGAUGGUAAUCAAGUUGAGAAGUCUAUCAACAAUGCUUCCUCGGUUCCAAUGUCCCAAAGAAUUUCUUCUAGGCCCAAAAUCCAUAUUUCUAAUAACUAUGAAAAUAAUUUCCUCCAUUCAUCAUUACUCACACAAAAACAGGAAGUACACAUGAGAGAAAAAUUUUUCCAAUGUAAUGAGAGUGGCAAAGCCUUUAAUUGUAGCUCACUCUUAAGGAAACAUCAGAUAAUCUAUUUAGGAGGGAAACAAUAUAAAUGUGAUGUAUGUGGUAAGGUCUUUAAUCAGAAGCGAUACAUUGCAUGCCAUCAUAGAUGUCACACUGGUGAGAAACCUUACAAGUGUAGUGAAUGUGGCAAGGUUUUUAAUCAACAGUCAAACUUUGCAAGUCAUCAUAGACUUCAUACUGGAGAGAAAUCUUACAAAUGUGAAGAAUGUGACAAAGUUUUUAGUUGCAAAUCAAAUCUUGAAAGACAUAGGAGAAUUCAUACUGGAGAGAAACCAUACAAAUGUAAGGUUUGUGACAAGGCUUUCAGGCGUGAUUCACACCUGGCACAACACACUAGAAUUCACACUGGAGAGAAACCUUACAAGUGUAAUGAGUGUGGCAAAGCCUUUAGUGGGUAGUCAACACUUAUUCACCAUCAAGCAAUCCAUGGUAUAGGGAAACUUUAUAAAUGUAACGAUUGUCACAAAGUCUUCAGUAAUACUACAACCAUUGCAAAUCAUUGGAGAAUCCAUAAUGAAGAGAGAUCUUACAAGUGUAAUAAACGUGGCAAAUUUUUUAGAUGUCGUUCAUAUCUCCUAGUUCAUUGGCGAACCCAUACGGGAGAGAAACCUUACAAGUGUAAUGAGUGUGGCAAGACCUUCAGUCAGACAUCAUCCCUUGUAUGCCAUCGUAGACUUCAUACUGCAGAGAAACCUUACAAGUGUAAUGAGUGUGGCAAGACCUUCCAUCACAAUUCAGCCCUUGUAAUUCAUAAGGCAAUUCAUACUGGAGAGAAACCUUACAAGUGUAAUGAAUGUGGCAAGGUUUUUAAUCACCAGGCAACCCUUGCAUGUCAUCAUAGACUUCAUACUGGAGAGAAACCUUAUAAGUGUAAUGAAUGUGGCAAUGUUUUUAAUCAACAAGUAACCCUUGCAUGUCAUCAUAGACUUCAUACUGGAGAGAAACCUUACAAAUAUGAAGAAUGUGACAAAGUUUUCAGUCGCAAAUCACACCUGGAAACACAUAAGAGAAUUCAUACUGGAGAGAAACCUUACAAAUGUAAGGUUUGUGACAAGGCUUUUCAGAGUGAUUCACACCUGGCACAACAUACUGGAAUUCACACUGGAGAGAAACCUUACAAGUGUAAUGAGUGUAGCAAAGCCUUUAGUGGGCAGUCAACACUUAUUCACCAUCAAGCAAUCCGUGGUAUAGGGAAACUUUAUAAAUGUAAUGAUUGUCACAAAGUCUUCAGUAACACUACAACCAUUGCAAAUCAUUGGAGAAUUCAUAAUGAAGAGAGAUCUUACAAGUGUAAUAAAUGUGGCAAAUUUUUCAGACAUCGUUCAAACCUUGCAGUUCAUCAGCGAACUCAUACUGGAGAGAAACCUUACAAGUGUAAUGAGUGUGGCAAGACCUUCAGUCAGACGUCAUCCCUUGUAUGCCAUCGUAGACUUCAUACUGGAGAGAAACCUUACAAAUGUGAAGAAUGUGACAAAGUUUUCAGUCACAAAUCACACCUGGAAACACAUAAGAGAAUUCAUACUGGAGAGAAACCUUACAAAUGUGAAGAAUGUGACAAAGUUUUCAGUCGCAAAUCAAACCUUGAAAGACAUAGGAGAAUUCAUACUGGAGAGAAACCAUACAAAUGUAAGAUUUGUGACAAGGCUUUUGGGUGUGAUUCACACCUGGCACGGCAUACUAGAAUUCACACUGGAGAGGAAACUUACAAGUGUAAUAAGUGUGGCAAAGUUAGUGGGCAGUCAACACUUAUUCACCAUCAAGAAAUCCAUGGUAUAGGGAAACUUUACUAAUGUUAUAAUUGUCACAAAGUCUUCAGUAACACUACAACCAUUGCAAAUCGUUGGCGAAUCCAUAAUGAAGAGAGAUCUUACAAGUGUAAUAAAUGUGGCAAAUAUUUCAGACAUCGUUCAAACCUUGCAGUUCAUCAGCAGACUCAUACUGGAGAGAAACCUUACAAAUGUGAUGAUUUUGACGAGGCCUUUAGUCAAGCUUCAUCUUAUGCAAAACACAGGAGAAUUCAUAUAGGAGAGAAACAUCACAAGUGUGAUGAUUGUGGCAAAGCCUUUACUUCACAUCCACAUCUCAUUAGACAUCAGAGAAUCCAUACUGGACAGAAAUCUUACAAAUGUCAUAAGUGUGGCAAGGUCUUCAGUUAGAGGUCACUCCUUGCAAAACAUCAGAAAAUUCAUUCUUGAGAUAAUUGUUCCAAAUGCAAUGAGAAUAGCAAACCAUCAAGCAUUAAUUGACAUUAGAGUCAAUUCAGCAUUGACUUGAGUUUGAGUUGACUUGACAUUGAGUUCAAGCAUUAAUUGACAUUAAAGUGUUUACGUUAAGAGGAUUGGGCUGGGCAGGCUUACGCCUGUAAUCCCAGCACUUUGGGAGGUCAAGACGGAUAGAUCACUUGAGGUCAGGAGUUUAAGACCAGCCUGGCCAACAGACGUGAGCCACUUUUCCUAGCCUGCUUUUUGUUUCUGAUAGGGAUUUUUAUGGGUAUUAUGUUGAAUCUAAAUCACAUUGGGUUAUAUAAUCAUUUAACAAUAUUAAUCUUUCCAAUCCAUCAAUAUGGGUCAUAUCUCUAUUUAUAUAUGUUUUUAAUCAUUUUGAUCGAUGUUUGUAGAUUUCAAGGUAAAAACUUCUCACCUUUUUACGUUUAUUCCUAAAUAUUUCUUACUGUAAGUUCUCUAGCAAAUGGAAGUGUUUUCUUAAUUUUCUUUUAAAAUUGUUUAUUGUUAAUGUAUGGAAAUUUAGCUAAUUUUUGGUGCUGAUAUUGAAUUCUGCAAAUACACUGUGUUUAUUAGUUUCAGUAGUAUUUUAGUUGACUCUGAUUUUCUACACAGCAGAUCAUGUCAUCUACAAACAAAUAUAAUUUUACUUCUUUCUUUCUGAAAAAAAAAUAGAUAACUAAUACAGGUAACUAUCCUGAAACCAGCCAUUUUUUGAUCCUUAUGUUUUGGGAUCUUUCUCACUACCACUGACCAACUUUUCAUAUCCUGAAGAUAUGAAGCAGUGAAAAUAAGAGAAUUCAAGACAGGCUAAAAAAAAAAAUGCCAGGCACAGUGGCUCAUGCCUGUAAUCCCAGCACUUUGGGUGGAUCACUUGAGGUUAGGAGUUCGAGACCAGCCUGGUCAACAUGGCAAAACCCCACCUCUACAAAAAAUACAAAAAUUAGCCAGGCAUAGUGGCACGCACCUGUAGUCCCAGCUACGGGGGAGGCU